UAAAUUAUUAUGCUUUCACAUAUUACUGAAUUAACAAAGUUUAAUCAAUACAUGUCAUCGUUUAUUUUUAUUAGUUUUGCAUAACCAAUGUGUUUGUGCACAUACCUAUAUCUGGCAUUAAUUUGUAUUUGGCUGACAUUCAAGUCAAAAAACUUACUUCAAUUAUGUUUAAUUGAAUACGAAAAUUAUAAUUUUAACUAUAUUUUUAUAAUUCUGAGAAAAACAUGAAUAAUUCAAAAUUCUUAUAUUGAUUAAUACAAAGAUUUAUUUUUAAACAAAAAUAUUGUCACAACCUUAAAUUUAUCUGCACAGAGGAAUCUCUUCGACCGUAAGAAUAUAGCAUAUCUUCUUCAGUUACUAUUCAUUACCAUAUAACCUGGAUUAUGUCAGAUAUUUAAACAGUUUCUAACAAUCUGACCAAAUUUAAAUAUUAUUUUAGAGCAACUUUUAAUUCUAAACUAGCGCGCCACACGCGGCCUUCCGGCCGCAGUGGCUUGCCGCCUUGCAUCGCUUCGCAUUUUGCGUGUAAGGCACGACCGCUGACGUUCGCGCUCGCCCAAAUUUCUCUACAAUUGUACUUAAUUAUUGGACAAUCGUUUAUAUUUCAUAGUUAUAUGAUGUAUUGAAUAUAUACAAAUACAAAGAUUCAAUUUAAACCGAUAAAUUCUUUAACUUCAAUAAAAAUGAAUGUUGUAAAAACUUGAUUUUGGGCUGCUAACUUGAGUAGAAAGCAUUUUCAUGAUUUGAUGUCAACAGGAAAAAGUUGUAUUUUUGAAAGAUCUGCAACUUUUCCAUUUAACGUUUUUUUGUAGAACGCUUAGAAUUCGAGUUACAGACAAAAAACCGUUUUUAGCGAUUUUUGGAGGUGACCGCGCAUUCUGCGUAUAUGUACAGGAUCAAGUUCAAAAUAGAACCAUAAGGUUCUAGUGAUGAGAGGAGACCCCACACAAAUUUUUAGCCCGAUUGACUGAAGUCUCUCAGAGAUAAUCGUGUAACAUGAAAAUUUUUAUUAAAUAAUACACGAAAAAAUCGUAAAAUCGAUCAAAUUGUGCUCCCAUUUUAAAACAACGUAGAGGAUCGGGAUAAAAAAAAUAGUUUUUUAGUUUGUACGCGAGGAGACCUCCCCCAAAAUUUCAGCCCGAUCGGCCGAAAAUUGCGUGAGAUAUUGCAUCUCACACAUUUUUCGCGAUAGAAACUAUAAGGCACUUGCGUACCGCGGUCGUGCCUAAAAAUAGAAGAAAAGAGAUAGAAAAUAAGUGUCACGUGCGUGAAUGCCGAGCCUGCGGUAGACGUAUGGUAUCUGCGGCAGGCAGCUAGACAUAUAGAGAAUGCGCGCAUAAAUCUAUACGUAGAGAGAGCGAGAUAGCGAUAAAGAGAAAGAGAGAAGUAGAUAAACGAAGAGAAGGAAUACCGGAAAAGAAUCUGAAACCUGAUGACGCACCAGUAAUGCCACUGGCAAUAAUAAAUAACUCUAAUAUCAGCCGUAGGUUUAGCACUCAUCCUCCAGCAACAAUAGUCAAUGGCCACUGUCUGCAUGGCGGGGACAUUGAAAUUACUUUCAAUGCCCCGCACAUAAUGCAGGAAUAAAACGCACAAAAGCAAACGCACCGCAGUCCUGUUUUGAUGCGGCCAUGCAGCAGCCGCCGACUGUGUCCUCCGCGCCGCGCCGUCUAUAUGACUGGACUGCCUUGAACUAUAGCAACUCUAUCACUAGCCAUAUAGACAUUCUCUUGACCUCUGUACGUCCGAUGAAAUUCAGACGUCGCGACGCUUUGAGACAACUAAAGAAUUCCUCUAUACAGGAUUUGCUUCGGUCACGCAGAUGGUGUGAGGGAACGCCAGCGCUUUAUUUUGCUCCGCAUACAGCUCCAAAGUGCCAUGUGAGACAUACAAUAUAUACAUAUUCAUUGCACUUUCAAACAGCUCCAGCAUCCUCUUCAUCUCUUUGCUGGAAAGUGAGUGGACUAGUAUGGUUAUACAUGUACGCCAUGCAUAGAGAAGAAUCUUAAGAGAUUCAGGCAACAGUGGAAAGAGGAGGAUAGGCGGUAGACGACAGAUCCCCCUCGGGAGUUGCAAUUAACUCUUUUACCGCGGUGGAUGAAGAUAAAGAUCAAGAUAAAGAGAACAUUUUAGAAAAGUUUCUACAUGGUCCUGGAAGUAACUAAGUGUAAUUUUAAACCUGGAAUUAACAAGUGGUGUCUACGUUUAAAGAAGUGAAUUCGAUAUAACUUUUAACUUAGUACAUGUAAUAUAGUCUCAAUAAAUUAAGUAUUUUACUUAAGGUAAUUAGAACUGCCUACAUGACUGCAGAAAAGGAAUCGUUAGGGAUAUGUGACCCUUUGCACAUGACUUUUGUUUCUUAUUCGACAAACGAAGAUAGAUAAUAAACAAAAAAUGAAAAUGUAUGUAUGAAAAUAGUAAAGUGCUAAUUGAAUUAUA